GGUAUAUUUAAGCGGUCGCAGUGCGGUCAUACUAAUUGCAUUUCUUUUGGGCAGGGGGCGUUAACUUGCGAAUUAAUGACUGUAACUAACUAAAACACCGACUAAAGGCCUCUGAAAUGGACUCUACUGCCACUCGUACGCUGCCCUUUGUGUACAAGUACAAAAAUCAUGAAGGCCAAGACUGCGAAUCUCGGCUGGACAUCACUUUCCCCUUUGACCAGGAGAAUCUGGAGGAGUGUAUCACCCAGCUGAUGGCUCUCAACCAGAUGGACCCCAUGAUGCGGUACCUGGACGAGAAUAUCAACCUCGAACGGGAGUUGCAGAAAUUCGUGGAUACGGAGCAGCAAAAUUUCCUGGACGACCAUGCCGAAAAGCUACUCAAACAGGCGGCACACGAGGAGCUGGACAUCGAGGCCAUUGUGCGGGACACAGAGAGGCUGUACAAGGAGGAACUACUGCAGUUUGCCGAUCGUGUGGGUCCCAGCGAUGCGGACAUAUUCGCCCAGAGCUUCCAUCGCCUGGUGCACUCUUCGUCCCUGGAGGACAUACUCAAGCGAGAGCGUGCAUAUGCCAAGGUGGUGUCCGACAUGACCGAGCUCAUGGACAGCGAGGUGGAGACGCUAAACAACUCUCAGCAGCAGGAGAUGGAUAGCCAGAUAAACCAGUUGGACAUCACCACCACCUCGGAGGAUAUCAACAAUUUGCUGGCGCAGCAGUAUACCACGCAGAAUUAUGUGCGGAAGCGAUACGAAUCCGAACUAGAGGCAAUGAUGGGUCAUCAGAAGAAUGAGUAUCGAAACUGGAUCACCAGUCAGGUCAGUCAGAUGUUUCAAGUGUCGCCGGUGGCCACGCCGCUGGGCAACCGCUCCUCCAUGUUCGUCUCGCAACAGCCCUCCAUGGAGGAGAGCUUCACCAUUCACCUGGGCUCCCAGCUGAAGCACAUGCACAACAUACGCAUCCUGAGUGCCAAUGUCACGGAGCUCUGCAGUCCGCUGCACGCCGAGGAGAGUCUUAAUGGCCUUAACAUGGCUCUGGGAUUGUACUCCAGUUCCCUCUGCGGCGUCGUCGUGCUGACCCCUUCGAUUCAAGCGCAGGCAAACAAGAAUAUCAUUAAGAAUGCCAACAAGUCCACCGAGUUCCACUUUGAACAAAUCGACGUUCAGAUGGAAAAGAUCGAGAAGCAGAUUAAGAAUUUGACCACUGAAGAUUCCAGUGGCAGUAGUACUAGCAACAGCAGUGCCGAGGGCAGUGCCACACCCUCGCCGACCAAGAAGAGCGUGCCCAGACUGAAAACAGGAGACUUUUUCAUCACCAAGCACUCGAAUCUCUCGCAAACGCAUGUUAUUUUUCACCUGAUUUCGGACGAACCCAUCAACAGUCCCAGUGAGAUCAACUCGCGGCAUCCGGUGAUCUUGGGUUUGCGAAACAUCCUAAAGACAGCCAGCAGGCACGACAUCACCACGCUGACCAUCCCGGCUCUGCUGCGCCACGAGAUGAGCGAGGACAUGACCGUCCAGUGGUGCAUCAGAAGAGCAGAGCUGGUGUUUAAGUGCGCCAAGGGAUUUAUGAUAGAAUCAGCCUCUUGGGGCGGAGCUGAGUUAAGCACCUUGCAACUGCUACUGCCUGAUGACAUAUCGGAAAGUUUGUUCACCACUCUGGCGGGAAUGGUUCCCAGCGUUUUCCACGUGGCCAAUCCCAAGAUACUUGUGGACACCAGCAAGUAGACUGCGAACACAUUCCUCAAACUUCACUUGCAAAAAGACUUUAAAUUAUUUGUAUGAAUAUACAGUUUUAUUCAGAUUCAGAGUUAUA